AGGGGCAGAGGGGCCAAGGAGCCAGAGAGGCUCCUUCUGGCUUCUGCGUAGAGAGAGAAUGUGCCCCUUCUUGCUCUGCUGUGUCACAUGCAAGGAUCAUUUAGAGCAGUGGUCCCCAACCUUUUUGGCACCAGGGACCGGUUUCGUGGAAGACAAUUUUUCCCCGGGCCCGGGCCGGGGGGAUGAUGGCUCAGGCGGUGAUGGGAGCGAUGGGGAGCGGCAGAUGAAGCUUUCCUCGUUCGCCCACAACCCACCUCCUGCUGUGUGGCCUGGUCCUCACAGGCUGUGGACCACUAUGGGCCCGGGGGUUGGGGACCCCUGAUUUAGAGGGUGGUCCUCCCUAUUGUAAAUACAUCUCUAAAGGUUCUUUUGUUUUAAAAGGCAAUAGAACAGUGGUCAUGGUUUUGUAUCGGGAACUGUGUAAUGAUCAGCUUUGUCCUGAUUGGGUUACUCUGCCUCAGAUGAGUUUAUGUCCCAUCUCUGUCUCAGUGGCCACUGGAGGGAGGAUGACUAGAGUUCUGGCCUGACCCCACCUGUAAAUAAAGAGUUUAACUCUUCUCCUCAGCCUUGUUUGCUCUGUGCAUUUGAAGUGGGCGUAUAUUUCAUUUGGCCAAGCAGUCUCUCAUUAUGUCCCUAAACCUGAAGCUCCUAUCGACGGUAAAAGGUGGAGAAAAGAAAAGUGCCAUGGUUGUGAACUCUAGUUAGGGAAAAAAAUAAUUCUGGGAUUGACAGCGACUCUUAGUUCACUCAAUUGCUGGAAUAAGUAGAGGCAGAAAUAUUUCUCUCUGGUUGACAGGGGAGGCUAGGGGCAUGACAUGCAACACUAGCAAUACCCAGUUGUAAGGGUAUUAGAAAGAAUGUUACUUCACACUGGAAGAUGCAGUGAUCUUGUUCCUCUUUCUCCUCCCGUUCUAGGUAUAUUGGUGAAUGGUAAACAACUGUUUUUCCCUACAUAGUUCCUGGCGUACAGGACACGGGAGGUGAGCAAUGGCAGGCGCUGGUGAGCGCAAAAGCAAGAAGGAUGAUAAUGGCAUCGGGACGGCCAUUGACUUUGUGCUCUCCAAUGCCCGGCUGGUGCUCGGGGUGGGUGGGGCAGCCAUGCUGGGCAUUGCUACACUGGCGGUUAAGCGGAUGUACGAUAGGGCAAUCAGUGCCCCUACCAGCCCCACCCGCCUGAGCCAUUCAGGGAAAAGGAGCUGGGAAGAACCAAACUGGAUGGGCUCCCCCCGAUUGCUCAACAAGGACAUGAAGACAGGCCUGAGCAGGUCCCUACAGGCCCUUCCCACAGGCUCCUCGGCCUUUGACACAGAUACAUUCUGCCUGCCCCGGCCCAAGCCAUUGGCCAGGAAGGGCCAGGUAGACUUGAAGAAGUCACGACUCCGCAUGUCCCUGCAGGAGAAACUUCUUACUUACUACCGGAACCGGGCGGCCAUCCCUGCUGGCGAGCAGGCUCGGGCCAAGCAAGCUGCCGUGGACAUAUGUGCCGAGCUCCGGAGCUUCCUGCGGGCCAAGUUGCCUGACAUGCCACUUCGGGACAUGUACCUGAGUGGCAGCCUCUAUGAUGACCUGCAGGUCGUGACAGCCGACCACAUCCAACUCAUCGUGCCCCUCGUGCUGGAGCAGAACCUGUGGUCGUGUAUCCCCGGAGAGGACACCAUCAUGAACGUCCCCGGCUUCUUCCUGGUUCGCCGGGAGAACCCAGAGUACUUUCCUCGUGGUAGCAGUUACUGGGACCGCUGUGUAGUAGGGGGCUACCUCUCUCCAAAGACAGUGGCAGACACGUUCGAAAAGGUAGUGGCUGGCUCCAUCAACUGGCCGGCCAUCGGGUCCCUCUUGGACUAUGUGAUUCGGCCGGCCCCACCCCCAGAGGCUCUGACUCUGGAAGUGCAGUAUGAGCGCGACAGGCAUCUCAUCAUUGACUUCCUGCCAUCAGUGACCCUUGGUGACACUGUCUUGGUGGCCAAACCACACCGGCUAGCCCAGUAUGACAACCUGUGGCGGCUGAGCCUGCGUCCUGCCGAGACGGCGCGCUUGCGGGCUCUGGACCAGGCCGACUCGGGCUGCCGCUCUCUGUGCCUCAAGAUCCUCAAGGCCGUGUGCAAGUCCACUCCGGCCCUGGGUCACCUCACUGCCAGCCAGCUCACCAACGUCAUCCUCCACGUGGCCCAGGAGGAGGCUGACUGGUCUCCAGAUGUACUGGCUGACCGAUUCCUGCAGGCCUUGAGGGGACUCAUCAGCUACUUAGAGGCCGGAGUUCUGCCCAGUGCCCUAAACCCCAAGGUGAACUUAUUUGCAGAGCUCACCCCUGAGGAAAUAGACGAAUUGGGAUACACUCUCUAUUGCUCACUGUCUGAGCCGGAGGUGCUGCUGCAGACGUAGGGCAGGUGAAGGCAGGUGUCGAGUGGUCGGGCCCUGGAUUCUCUGUUAGAAACACUUGGUUCCAUAGUUGAUGCUUCACAGGGUCCCUGGGUGCCUCCCAUCUUUGCUGGUCAUCGCCCUGGGCACUUCAUGCUGAUUAGAAAGGUAUCGCUCUCUCCUCUUUUCUCACCAACCAUUUCUGUUUUUGUUACCAAGCACUGUGCUCUCUACUCUUCCCCUCCCCCUUGCUCCAGGCUAGUUUUUCUUUGAAUGAAUUGAGAAGGUGGAGCACUGGCCUGAGCUGUGGAGACCACUUGGUGUUUUGCAUUUCGGCACAGGUCUGCUGUGUAUGCCCUGCCCCCUGCCCCUUUUCAGUGUCUUCUCUUUUUCCACCUGUUCACACCUGUUUUGCUUUUUUUUCUGGAGCACAUCUGCCUAAUCAAGAUGCUGCCUUGUAGUUGACUGUCACUGAAGUUAUGAUUGCAUGUUUCAAACUGAACUCUGCAGAGAGCGCCCAGACAGUAUUUAGGGUUUCUAGGGGUAAAGCUGGUGGAAAAGCUGGCCUUUGACCCAGGUUCCUGGAAAAGAAA